UUGAAAUCAUCAACCCCGCCUAUUUGUUGCAGUUAAUUUUCAGUUAAACGGUUCAUUAUGAAAGUUCAAUUCCUAGUAAUUGUGUUUGCCAUCGCCGUUUGCCGUAAGGCGAAAGUUUGCGAGGCCGUGGUCACCGUCACCUUCGAGGGCGAGUUCAAGUCCUGCGACAACGGGAUGGAGCUGUUCGGCUGGGACAUGUCCAAGCUGGACAUUCUGAUGAUGGACAAUGAAAACAUUACGCUGAACGGAAAGUUGGAGUACACUGCGGAGUACAAGAGUCCGAUGGCUGUUAAGAUAUCCCUAAUGCGAUUGCUCGACAAGGAUGGCGAUUCUUGGAAGGAGGAAGCGAGCAGAUCGUUUCCCAACUUUUGUGACGUGAUUGGCAAAGAGGACGAAAUGUGGACCAAUGUGGUGGCCCUCAUGGAGAAGAAAACUUGUCCUUUUCCGAAGGGGCACACGGAAACGUUCGACAACGCCAACGUUGGAAAUGUGGCGGAAACUUUGAAGGUUCCUACCGAUAUGCUCGGAUCUUGGAAGGCAGUGAUCGAGGUGGGUUCCGAACGGGACGGAGUUAACGUCAACGAGUGCACCAUGGCACCGUUUUUGCUGGAAGAUGUUUGAAUAAUGUUGUUGAAAUGAACUGUAAAUCAAAACGUCAUAACAUAAAUGAAAUAAUUUGGGGUCGUCUCUGACAGGGAAGAAACAAAUAUAUUAAAACAAAAAAAAAACGUUUUGAAUAUCAUUAACACAGGCUAAUAAAACUCUGAAAUACGACCAAUUUUGAACAGUUCUAUUACACAAUCGACUCAUAAAAUUAAAGUGAGUUGUUCAACAAAAAAAAUUUGAUAACAUUUUUUCAAACAUAA